AUCUUCAGUAUAACGCGCAUUCUUGUUUUAUUAGUUACCAGGGCAACAGCUGGUCUGUAACCAUGGUUAUGAUGCAUGUGUAGUAAAGAUAGAGGUUUUGAUACAAGUAAUUGCCCCGUUGGCUUGUGGGAUAGCUACGUUGUUACACACAGCUCUGUUUCACUCCAGUUAACAAUUCGUGUUUUCUCAAUGGGGAUAUAGUAUAAUCUAGUGACAGGAAGUGACAAUUGCUGUCCCAUAGUUCAGUUGCUGAUGUGGAUUGUUAGGGAAGCCAUCUUAAAGGAUGUUAAAACUUUAAGAAGUUUUAAUUCAUCCAAAUCUUGGAUGUAUGUCAUUCAGUGAAAUAACUUUUGGAUUGGUUAAAAAAAAUCCCCACUAUCUGAUCAAAGUCCACUGACAGUCGCACAAACCCACUGCGCCAUGCCGUGUCGCAGUCUGGAUGAGAGUGACGCGUCCAUGCGCCAGCGUCUUGUGAACAGCCUCAGCCAGAGUUUCCCGCACAGUGCCCUUUCAAAAGCUCUUCAGUGCAUCAAAGAGGAGGAGGAAGAGAACGACCCGCUGAGCUCAAGCUGUUUUGCCGAGCUCAGACUCGACAAGGAGGCGGUGGAUGAUGAUGAUGAUGAACUCACAAGCCUCUCUUGGCUUCAGGACAGCAACCUUCUCAAGGAUAUUAAAGCGGGUGAGGACGAUGACAGUUUGAAAGAGAACAGUGAAGUGAAACAUGAGCACGGAUUUCCUCAUCCCUCCCAUGUGCCAUAUAACCCCCAGAAGCACAUCAACAGCAAGCCCCCAUACUCGUUCAGUUGUCUGAUAUUCAUGUCUCUCGAGGAGUCGCCAACAAAAAUGCUUCCAGUGAAGGACAUUUACCAUUGGAUACUGAGUCACUUCCCCUACUUCCAGAAUGCUCCAACGGGCUGGAAGAACUCAGUGCGGCAUAACCUCUCUCUCAACAAGUGUUUCAAGAAAGUGGACAAGGAUCGUGGACAGACGAUUGGUAAGGGUUCGCUGUGGUGCGUUGACCCAGAUUUCCGGCCGAACCUCCUGCAGGCCCUGCGGAAGACCCCUUACCACCCGUACCAUCAACUACAGAUGCUUGCCAACCCCCAACCGGCACAGCAAAACAGAUAUCUGCAAGAGUUCCGACCACAGCCCCUGGCUCCUCGUAUUGGUCCCAACUCUAUCUCACCUCAUUUAUUCCCGUUCCUUAGUCGGCGUCUGGGAGGUUCGGCCUUGGAUAUAGACAGUGAUAUUAAAGACGUGGCUCAGACAUUGGUGUCCCUCAAGAGUUGGAGCAAAGCCAAGGCGGAUAAUGCUUCUUUUGCACAAGGACUGAAAAGAAAACUCGGAGAGUUGGAGAGUCCACGGAAACCUCGAGGUCCGGUCAUCUGCACUGAAAACCCCAGCGUUGACCACACAUACAGCAUCACGCACGUGGAAGCUAGCGAAGACGAAUACGUUCCCGGCUCACCAGGGUCAUCCAUUGAUGACGAGUACGACUUUGGAUCAGAAGAGGAUAUCGAUGAUUACAGUGACGAUGAGGACAUUGAUGGGUUGAACCCUCGUCACCAGUUUAAGUGUAACAGUGACAAUUUAGACAGCGAGGGUGAGAGUGGUGUGGACGAAGUCGAUGGGUGUGUGAGCAGUGGGAAUAGUGAUAGUGUAAGAACUCCCACAAAACGGGCUCGACUUGACUUUGGAAAACGUCUGCGGUUUGAGGAGACGAGCGAAGAGGAGAAAAAGAAGAUUGCCGACGGUGCGGACGCGCUUUUGAAUCUGGCGGGAAUCUGUCUGGCAAGACAGCAGACAGUCCCGAGUUGUGUAGAAAAACUCGACGGCACUAAUGAAUAUUCGGACGAAUCUGAUGCAAGUAGCGUAGAAGACAGCUAAUCCUUAAUGAGAUUGUGACGCACUUAAUUGUACUUUAUGAGAUUGUUUUGUUUUGUUUUCUAGAAAUACUAGAAAGUGUAAGUGUUAUGUUUUGUUGUUUUUUUGUUUGACUUUAACGAAAAUGGCAGAUUCUGGGAAAAGAGACAUUGUGCUUGGCUGUUUUUGUGUAAAUAGUGGAUAAUCAUUAACAGGUGAUAUCUUGAUUAGAUGAAGUGAAAAGGACACUUAACUAUGCUUUAAUAUUAUUCUUCCAUUAUUGAUUUUUGUGUAAUGGAUAUUUGUUUGUGGUUGACUCCUGGCUAUGGUAACCACAUUUUGGUCUUCCUGAAUUAGAUCUCAUUACAUAUGCACGAUAUUCAGUGAAUUUUGUUGUCAGGUCACAAAAAGGUACCGAUCCCAACCCAGCAUAGGAUGUUACAAAUUUAUUUGUCCGAUAUAAUUUCAUUGAACUGUACAUGUUUACACGUAGGACAUUGAUCAUAGAAACAUGCUUUUCUAAGACGUUUUAGUCAUAACACCAAAUAUUGUACAUGAUGAAUCAAUGAAAUUCUAGGCUAGUCGCUAUUGUUAGAAAAUCAAAAUGGUUUGUUUAGUUCAAGUCUUAGCUAGGUGUAAUAUAAUAUGUGCAAUUCUUCUUAUUUUGAAGGGGUACGGAAAUAAUGUGUUCAUGAUGAUGCAAUCUUGUUAAAAUUUUAAUGUGAGGUAGUGCCAUUUAUCACAAUUGUUAAAAUUAUAUUGUUACGCAUUCAUGAAUUUAGAUUUAGUCCAAUUUAAGUCAUCGUUUUAGAGGUUCUUAAAGUUUACACAAUGUUUUAAAUUGACUUAAGUGUACCAAUGUUAACUUUUACAUUUUAAAUGUUUCAAUUGCAAGCAUAAAUUGUUGUUAAUGAUGGUAGAUAUAAUGGUGUUCAUUUUAAUUGUGUGUUCAUUGUUUUGAUUUGAUGUUUACAAACGAUAUUUUAACAUUCAAAUGUUAAAUAGUUAAUGAGAUAGAUAGACUUCAUCCUUUAUAGUCAAGCACACUUCUUUAUUACAUAAGCACUUAAAUUUAUGUGAAUCAUUGAGUACAGAAAGUAACAUUUUGUCACAGAAAUACUUUUUAAUUAAAUAUGAACAAUUGAGCAGAGGACAGAAGGUCAAUUUGCCAUGCACUGUAUUUUUUCCUUGUUAACCCUUUGCAUGCUGGGAAAUUUGUCUUCUGCUAAAAUAUCGUCUGCUGAAUUUCUAAAAUUAUCAUUUCCUUUGAAAUUUUUUCCAAGAAUACUAUCAGAAUAGCAAACAGUUUGGAGAACGUGGCGUCUCAUCUGGAUCCAAACUGUUUGCAAAGGUCUUCAAAAUUCGGUUCGAGCACUGAAAGAGUUAAUGAUCAUUGGUUUUGGAAAUUAAUGCUAGAGAUAUUUUUACAUCAUUUAAGUGCAUAUAAGUAACAGAAUAUGUUUUGUUGUUGAUCAAGUGUUAUUCUUGGUUCACAUUAUAUUACAUCAAUAGUUUUGACUUAAUCUUGAUUUUAAAAUUGUGUCGAUUUUACUGAGUCAGUUUGUUGAUAUGUUUACACGCCAUGUUGCCAUCGCCUUUGUUGUAUGUCAUAGUGCUAUGUGGUUUUCUUCCUGUACAUUAUUUUAUGUAACAAUUAAAUAUGUUCUAUAUUCUAUUCAUAACCAUGUCAUUUUUUAUGCCAUUUAUUUUUACGAGUAUGGCAAUAAGUCAUUAGAAAUUGACAUUUAAAUUAGUUUCAGAAACUCUUUGGCUUUUAAUUGGCUUCAAUUUUUUUUAAGAAAACGAAAUUAAUUAAAUGUUUUUUUUGUAAGUUAGUUAUAACAAAAUUUUAAAGACAAUUAAUUGAGAUUAGUAAACACUUACACAUCAUCAUUUGUUUGUUUAUUUCUCUAUAUUAAUUUGUGGACAAAAAUCAUUUAGUAUUUUAUUCAUUUCUAAGUGAAGUUGUUAUUGUUAUAUUUUUCAUGUAUUUGUUACUUGUAUUUUACUAACAUGUCGUACUUGUUGAUUCAUUUCUUAUAUUAUUGUCAUUUGUAUAGAAUAAAGGGCAGGGAGCUUUUGUGACAUGUGUAAGUAAUACAUUGUAAAUGGCAAAAUAAUGCAUAUAAUAGUUAAUAGAUGCAUUCCGCGUUAUUUGAAAACACAUGAUACUCAAAUAUAUGAAGAAUUAAAUUAAUUAAUUACAUUAUUUCCUUCUUUAUCUGUUCAACAAUAACUAGAGGUCAAUUUUAUAUCAAGAUUGAUAAUAGGCUGAACAAUGCAACAUUUCUAUUUAACAUGUUACAUGGUAUUGGCUGAAUGUUGCAAGAGAAAUUAAGAUAUACUCCAUGGGUUUCAAACUGCCAACUUAAAAUGUUAAAGAAAAAAAUAACAUUAACAACAAAUCAAUACUGCACUUUACAAUUCUUUUAAAUAUUUGAUAGAAAAUUAAUUGACAACACCAUUUUACUAGUACUACAUGUAGGUAGGGGAGACUACACGGUCACCACCCUUCCCAUGAUUUAAAUGUCUUGCUCUGUACUGUCAGUACAAGUACAGUGGUGUCUAACUGUGGUAUGAACUGUCUUCCAUUUCAUGUUGUGCUAACUCUGACAUAAGCUAUCAUGUUGAAAAAUUGUAAAAUAUGUCAGUAACAGUUUAUUGACUACAAUUUUGAAUACAUGUAUGAUAGUAUCAGGUUUAAUUACCUGUAUAUCUUAACAGGUCUUCCUGGUAUUUGUUUGUCUUGUACCAAACUAGGUAAUUUAAUGUGUUCUCACUUCUUGUUCAGUUGUUAAGCAAACUAAACUAAUUUUUAGGAAAAAAAACAACAACCAAAUAGCCAUUCUAUAGUAGUGAAAUAUUGAAUCUGCUUACGUUUAAUAAAAGUUGGUUGGUUUUUACUUGAACAUAAACGAUUUACUUAAGCUUUCCUUCUGCAUAAAUUGACAUAAAUUGAGACUAACCAAAUUUCUAUACGUAAUUUAUUAUGUUACUUAGCUUCCAAAAUCUAUAAGUACACUUUGAAAUGUGUUAAAUCAUGUAUGUUAAGAUAAUAAUGUUACGCAAAAUAGUUUAAGGCUUGUAAAGUUUCUGUAUAUGUUUUAUGUAUUUGGGAAUUCUCUACCACUGACCUGGUGCAAUAAUUCUGACUGUAAUAAAUGUGUUCAUGGUA